AUGUACCCCAGGGAAGAAGUGAAGGACGCUAUCACGCUGAAAUGGGAAGGAAGGAGCAAAAGAGAAGAAGAAAGUGAGGUGAGAGAGAAGUCAUUAGGAGUGCAGUUCCUUUUCUCUUGGGCCUUUGUAGCCCGUUAUGGACGUGUGUGGAAGAUAAAAAAGAAGAAAGUUCCGAGAGGCAAAAGCCCUUUAGUCAUCCAAGGCAACUACGCUUUAAGGACCAUAAAAAGGGUUGCUUCUUUCUCUGUUAGAUGUGCUGCUGCCUUCUUUUGCAAGGUGCAGACAGAAACUUGGUUUCUAUGA